GCAUACUCAGCUUACUCCUGCAUUUUUUGCCAAGCCAAGUGACAAAGGGUAAAUGAUGCUGAAGUAACAGACCCGGAUAAGUAAUGUCAACAUUUGGAUAUCCAUAAGGACAGAUUUAACAGUGUGAAACUGGAGAUCGGAGUGAUAACAACACGGCGAGUCUAUAAUAUCUAGCUGCGGGGCGGCCCUCGUGGCCGGGAUGCCACUGUGUGCCGUGCCAGUCUGCAGUGGAUGGUGAGGGGCAAGAGGAGGGGACUGAGUGCAGGAGGCUGAGGGGGGGAGGCCAGCACCAAGCGGGAGACAUGAACCUCUGCUGGAACGAGAUCAAACGCAAGUCUCACAAUAUCCGGGUGCGGCUGGAAGCCUUCUCUGACAACAGCGGGAAGCUGCAGCUCUCACUGCAGGAGAUCAUAGAAUGGCUGACAGCCAAGGACGAGGAGUUGUCGGAGCAGUUGCCCAUAGGAGGCGACGUGGAAGCGGUCCAGCAUCAAAGGGAGUUCCACCAGGCAUUUAUGGAGGAUGUCAAGUCUCGGGGGCCAUUCAUCUACUCAGUCCUGGAGUCUGCCCAGGCCUUUCUGGCACAACACCCUUUUCAGGAGCCCGAGGAGACCCUGCCCGAUGGAAAAGAGGUUUCCCCAAGACGGAGAAUCCUAAAUGUGAGCCGCUCGGUGUGGAAGCAGGCUAACGUGGCCAGUGACCUGUGGGAGAAGCUGACGGCACGCUGUGUGGACCGCCACAGACACAUGGAGAGGACCCUGGAACGUCUGCUGCAGACCCAGGCAGCCAUGGAGGAGCUGGCAGUGGCCCUGGAGCAGGCAGAGGGGGUACGAGAUGCCUGGGAGCCUGUGGGAGACCUCUUCAUUGACUCUCUGCAGGACCAUAUAGAUGCCACCAAGUUGUUCAAAGAGGAGCUAGCCCAGCUGAAGGAGGGCAUGAAGCACAUCAAUGACCUUGCACAUCAACUCGCCAUUUCUGAUGUCCACUUAUCCAUGGAGAACGCGCGCUGCCUGGAGCACCUCAACAGCCGAUGGAAACUCCUUCAGGGUUCCAUAGAGGAGCGGCUCAAGCAGCUCCAGGAUGCUCAUAGAGACUUUGGCCCUGGAUCGCAGCACUUCCUCUCCAGUUCAGUGCAGGUGCCAUGGGAGCGUGCCAUCUCUCCAAACAAAGUGCCCUACUACAUCAACCACCAGGCCCAGACGACAUGCUGGGACCAUCCAAAGAUGACGGAGCUGUACCAUGCGUUGGCGGAUAUGAACAACAUCAAGUUCUCAGCGUACAGGACGGCCAUGAAGCUACGGCGAGUACAGAAGUCGCUGAGAUUGGAUUUAGUGGCGCUCGGCAGCCUGGUGGAGGUGUUCCGGGAGCAGGAGCUCCAGCAGGGGGAGCAUGUGAUGGAUGUGGUGGAGGUGAUCCAUGCCCUGACAGCCCUCUAUGAGAGGCUGGAGGAGGAGAGGUCCAUCCUGGUCAACAUUCCCCUCUGUGUUGACAUGUGCCUCAACUGGCUGCUGAACGUCUAUGACAGUGGCCGGAAUGGGAAAAUGCGUGUCCUCAGCUUCAAGACAGGAUUGGUGAACCUGUGCAAUGCAGAUGUCCAGGAGAAGUAUAAAUACUUGUUCCGUCAGGUGACCAGCCCCGGAGGUUUAACAGACCAGCGGCAUCUUAGCCUGCUGCUCCAUGAGGCCAUCCAGAUACCCCGGCAGCUGGGAGAGGUGGCAGCCUUUGGGGGCAGCAAUGUGGAGCCUAGUGUUCGAAGCUGCUUCCGUAUGGCUCCAGAUAAACCUGCCAUUGAGGUGUCCCACUUCCUGGAGUGGAUGAGCUUAGAGCCCCAGUCUAUGGUUUGGCUGCCUGUCCUCCAUCGUGUGGCUGCAGCAGAGUCAGCCAAGCACCAGGCUAAGUGCUAUGUCUGCAAACAGUGUCCCAUCAAGGGCUUUAGAUAUCGCAGUCUGAAGCAGUUCAACGUCGACAUCUGCCAGACAUGUUUCUUAACUGGCCGCACUACCAAGGGAAAGAAGCUGCACUAUCCCAUCAUGGAGUACUACACCCCAACCACAUCGGGAGAGAAGAUGAGGGACUUUGCCAAGACUCUGAAGAAUAAGUUCAGGUCAAAGCAGUACUUCAGCAAGCAUCCACAGAGAGGUUACCUGCCGGUGCAGUCUGUGCUAGAAGCGGAGAGCUCCGAGACGCCCUGCUCAUCUCCCAAGCUGCCCCAUGCAGACACGCACAGCAGGAUUGAACAUUACGCCAGCAGACUGGCAGAAAUGGAGAGCCAGAAUUGCUCAUUCUUCACAGAUAGCCUGUCACCUGAUGAAAGUCUGGAUGAAGAUCAGUACCUCCUGCGUCACUCCAGCCCAGCCCUGGACCAUGAUUCGCCAUGUGGACAGCACCUGCUGCUAGCCCACCUGGAGCACCAGGACAAGGAGCAGCUUCAGCGCACCCUGGCCCGCCUAGAGAAUGAAAACAGGGUGCUGCAGGGGGAGUAUCGGAGGCUCAAGUGGAAGCAUGAGGAGGCGGUGUCAGUCCCCAUGCUAACUGAAUCUGGCGAGGGGGGCCCGGGCUCGCCCACGGCGGGUGGGCAGCAGGACGAGGAGCUCCUGGCUGAGGCGCGGGUUCUGCGCCAGCACAAGACGCGCCUGGAGACCCGCAUGCAGAUCCUGGAGGACCACAACAAACAGCUGGAAUCGCAGCUACACAGGCUCAGGGAGCUACUGCUACAGCCCAAAGAUGACUCAGAGGCCAAUGGGUCGGAACCAUCAACCCUGUCCUCUCCCGUUUCUGGGGGAGGACACCAAGGGGAGCCAGCCAGCAGGGAGACCACUGACACUGAAGCAGCAGGAGAUGACCCAGAGCAUGAACAGGACACGGUGCUGCAGCUCCAGGAGGUGAUUGAGCAGCUGAGGAACGUCUUCCCUUCAGAGCCGGGCACCACAUCACUCAUCUAACCAAGUAGGUCUCAAGGACCGGAGAUACGCCUGAUGGGAGGCUUACGGGGGGGAUCCAUAUGACUGGGGUCACCCCCAAAGUGCACGAGACCCUGCGAUCGCUACAGCAGCUAGCUUACCCAGAGCUAACCCUCUACAGGAACUCACUGCACUGAGAGCCUUUAUCAUGCAAAACCGCUAAAGGCUAACGCUAAUGCUAACGUCAGUUCAGCCAGGCUAUGCUAGCUAUCUGAGCUAACUUUAGCAGCACAGCCUGACACUGUGUCAACCAGCCAAAGGAGACUAACAUUAGCGGCCAAUCAGGGAGAAGAAAAAGUCAGAGCUCAUUCAAGACACUGUGCUAACCAGCAUCUGUGUAGUCAUCUUCAGGUGUUAAGCUUUAUAACGGUACACAGCACAAAUUGGACCUUCUAUGAAAAGGACUUUAAAAAUGCAAAAAGAAGUGAGAAUAUCCAUGUUCUGACAGAAUGCCAGUAACCUCAGCGUGCAAGUGUUUUUGUGUUGUUUGUUUGUAUGAUUUCCUCAUGCUUGUUUUUUUUUUGUUUUUAUAAAGAGUUUGGGGUGUUAAUGCCUACUAAUGGGUUGGACUGACUGCAAUUCAUGUAGUUGUGCAGUGCAACUCAGGGAGCUGACAGCACCCUCAAUGCACUUAUUUACUCUGUAGAACUGAUGCAUCAUAACACAGCCAAAGUGCCCACUAGCAUUGCGCCUCUGCGCACACACGUGGUUUCUCUAAUCUUCCUAAACAGCCUGUCGUUCCCAUAGCUCACUUCUCUGUCUGAAGUGUGAACUCCGUGCUAGAACAGAAACACAUGAAUGCAUGUGUUCACAUGCACCAUAAAUAUUAACAUCCAUAUUCUUUAUUAGCAAUGCACCCCACACGCACACACACAAAAAUACAAACAACACAUACAAAUGUCUACAAAAUGAAAUUCAUGCCCCCUUUACUAACUGCAUCAAUACAACAAACACAUACACAUUCAUGGAAUUGAAGGAGAAUCUGUUGUGAUUUUGUGUCUCUUCAGCUCACGGACAGUGUCUCAAUAUGGAGCCAAUAUGUACUGAGGUCCAGUGGGUUUAUUAGAUAUUGUCUGCCAAUAAAUUAAAGUAUGCAGGCAUUGACUGCGGUCUGUUUUCCUGCUUUGUGCAGACAUAGGGAUGUAUUAAGAAUUACUAGACUGUAGCACCCUCUCAUUUCCAAUUCCCAAUUCCAAACGCCACAGGGGGACAAGACCUGCUUCCAUAUUCAUGUCUUGUACUGACUUCAUCAAUAACCUCAUCCUCUGUUGAUAUGAAAUGAGUAUAAUCUAGACUGCAACUGAAUACCUCCAUAGACUCUUGAAUGCUUUGUUAUAAUUUUUUCAAAUUGCAUACUUAACUGCUUUUUAGAUUAAUGAGGACACUAAUGGUGAA